UCGUAAAAACAUUACACUACAGUUAAUAUAAGGGUUGGAAGAACUAUCGUAAAUUCUCGUGUAGGUGUGAUCUGAAUUCUGGUUCUGUGGGUUUGGUAGGAGGAAUAGUCGUACAUUGGUUUUUGUUUCGAUUGUUGGUUAAAGCUCAACAAGUCAUUAUGUAUGCCUGUGCUCAGUAUGCCUGCCCUUUGACCAGGGCAAUGAUCCUGUCUGGUUCCCGCAGUUUACUGAGGCCCUUAAGUAGCACAGUUAUUAGCCAAGAGGUAAAUAAUAACUUCUCUUCUCAUAGUGGAGUAACAACCAACUCAAAACCCAUUUUCACACAGAUUGCCAGAACUCUUCAAACCUCUACAGUACAAAGAGAUAUUGAUUCUGCUGCUAAGUUUAUUGGAGCUGGUGCUGCUACUGUUGGAGUAGCUGGUUCAGGAGCUGGUAUUGGCAGUGUUUUUGGUAGUUUGAUCAUUGGUUAUGCCCGAAACCCAUCGCUGAAACAACAACUUUUUUCCUAUGCUAUUUUGGGUUUUGCACUUUCUGAGGCCAUGGGUCUGUUUUGUCUAAUGAUGGCUUUCUUGUUGCUGUUUGCAUUCUAAACAAUAAACCACCAUAAAGUAAGAUAUUAGUGAUUAUAUGGUAGCCAUGGUAAGGGCCUGCUGGUUAGUUAAAAAAGGAAGAAAAAUAGGCCAUUUCUUACUGUUUUCACACAUUUGCCAUUGAUUUAAAAAAAGAGAGAGAGAAAGGGUUUUUAUUUUAACAUCUGUAGAUCACAUAUUGAAUAACUUCUACUAUGAGAAUUUAAAUGUACUGAGUGAGAUUAUAGUUUUCAUUAAAAUUUGUAGCUGACCAAGAAACAUUUCCAAGAUUUAUGAAUAAAAACAUGAAAAUAAUACCAAUAUGAAAA